AUGGCUUCCAGCGAAGUAUCGUUCCGGCAGUCGAUCCGGCCGUCACAACCGGUCAAGAGAGAUGCCGACAACGAAGAGUUACGUGUUCAGGUGAACACGCUACGUUACGAGCUGGACAAUCUCAAGCAGGAGCGAGAUUUGACGGAACUACGAAACGAGAAAGAGCUCCGAGAGCUUCAGCUCAAAGCGGACUCUGAUUUCAGGAAGGCGCAGGCAGCUGAAGCAUCCAGCAACCGCGCGAAUAGCAAAAGCGAAGCUCUGGCCAAAGAGCUGAAAGAAGUCCAAGAAUCUGCGCUGAACGAAAAAGCGAACUUUGAGCGGCGGAUCAGGACAUUACAAGACCAAAACCAGUCCAUCCAGGAAGAAAUGACCGAUGUACAGGCGCAAUUGUCGAAUCAGGAACGGCAAUACAAAUACCAGAUCAACGAACUCGAGACAAUCCGUGUAUCCCUAGCAAAGACGGUGGAAGAUGUUCAGAAGGACUUACAAACUGCAAAAGACCAUGCAGAUUCAGUACAAGAACGGCUUUCGCAGCGUGAAAUAGAUGUCACAAAUUUAGAAACAGAGAACUUACGCUUAAAGGCCGAUGGUGGCGGGGCUGAAGAGCUGGUUGUUCUCAAAAGGGAGCUUUCCGAGCAAGUUGCACAUAUCAAGAGUCUCGAAUCGACGAAUCGCGAUCAAAUAACAGAAUUGCGCCAUCUACGCAAAGUUCAGAAGAAUGUUGAAGUUGUGGAGGAGCAGAAGAAGUCCCUUGAAAAUCAACUACAACUGAUGAAAAACAUUGAGACCGAGCUCGGGAACGUACAAAUCCAGAAGCAAGUUUUGGAAGAUGAGCGCAGGUCAUGGACUAGUCUCCUCCAAUCUACCGACGAUCUUGCAAAUCUCGACUCUCCGGAGGCUGUCGUAAAGGCACUUGUUCAGGAACAAGUCGAGAAACUCACUUUCCUUGAUAAAUUAGGCAAUGUCGAGCCUCAACUUCUAGAAAAGGACGAGAUUAUUCAGAGUCUAGAGGUUGAAAAGCGUCAACUUAAACAGGACCUUGAAAAAUUUCGAAAUGCUGCGUCCGCAUCUGGUGGGCCUGGCGAUACCCGUGCUAAGCUGAGGCUAGAACGCCAGCGAGCGCUGGCAGUCAAAGAAGUUGAAUAUCUCCGCGCACAGCUGAAGACAUUUGAUAUGGAGGAAUUGACCAUGCAUGAAGAAGAGAACCGCUAUGAUGAGCACAAAAACCAACAGAUCGCGCAACUUGAACAGAUGGUUGACGAAUAUCGCGUGGAGCUACAUAAAAUCCACGAAGAACUAUCAGCUCGUGAAGCAUCGCCAGAGGAGGCACCAUCUCGAGGCCUGAAAAGACCUCUAUCACCCGCAGACAGCGAUGUCGAAUCGGAACGUCUUUCUGUACUAUCCCGCAAGAACCGUACAUUGCAAGAAGCGCUUUCCAAAGCUGAACAAAACUCCAAGGUCCUACGUCACGAAUUAGACGCAACCAAAUCACAUCUUACCACUUUACAAGAACGGUCACGAACUCGGAUACUCGAGCUGCGUGCAAAUCCCACAUCAGAAGCCGAGAACUUAAAGAUGUCGACACUGCGAACCCUGCAAGCCGAAAACCGAGAUCUUCUCUCACAACUACGAGGCGACCACUCAAAGGUCCGAGUAGUUCCCAUCAGCACCAUUGAGAGCCUUAAGCUCGAAAUGCAAGAUAUGGAACGCACGGUUGCAGAGAAGGAGAAGCGCAUGCGCCGUCUGAAGGAAAUAUGGACCGCCAAAUCAUCUGAAUUCCGUGAAGCAGUUGCCUCUGUGCUUGGCUACAAGCUUGAUUUCCUUCCGAAUGGUCGUGUUCGGGUUACCUCCAUGUUUCAUUUAUCGCCGGCUUAUCGACAUGGUGAUCGCAAUGCAGGACCAGAUGCUCGUGGCCCAGGAAGCAUGGGGAACGACGAGGAGAAUUCAAUUAUAUUCGAUGGUGAAAACGGCACAAUGAAAAUUUCAGGUGGCCCGAAUAGUCUGUUUGCGUUGGAAAUCAAGCAUCUGAUUAAGUUUUGGGUUGAAGAAAGGAAAGAUAUACCGUGUUUCCUUGCUGCCAUGACCCUUGAGUUUUAUGAUAAGACAACUCGCGCAGCUCGGGUGUAA